UCCUGCCUCGCGCGUCAACGAGCUAAAAGAGGCGCCGCUCGUCCGCGUGCGCCUCGCUGGGAAGAGUGAAGCGGUUUGACGUUUGAUUUCUCGGGAAGUAAAGGAGAACAUAUUUAAGCGUAGCUACUUUUUUUUCGUGCCCGGAGCUUUACCGCCUUUCGUCUCUGGGGGAAAAAAAACCGCAUUGCGUGAAUAUGAAAGCCACAGUAAGUUGUUGCCGGUGCGGGUGUUCGCGUGCUUGACGGCGCCUCGGAGGAUACGGUGCUUUUCAUUUAGUGCCCGAGCGCAACUGACGUCGUCGCUCGGCCGCUGACGGCGGAGCCCAGCAUGUCUCAAGAGCCCGGUGUGGCCUUUCCUCAGAGCACCUCCACGGGGGGGAUGAAGCUGGAGGCGGUGAUGGAGCAGCUCCAGCGCCAGCAGCAGGCCCGACUGGAGAUGGAGCGCAAGGAGCGGAAGCUGAGGGAGGCCCACAUCCUGUACGCCCAGCAGGUGGCCGCACAGCAGGCCAUCCUAGCGGCCGCCCGGGCCUCCGGCGCCAGCUUCAUGGGGAAGGGCCUGGCCGGGGGCAUGCCCGGCGGCGCGCUGCCCCCCCGCGUCUCCAACCAGAGCAGCGUGGACUCGGAGCGGGAGGACGACAACGACCGGGGCCGGGACUCCGGGGACGAGGAGGACGACAACGAGAUGAUGGAGGGGGACGAGGGCAGCGACGACGACGAGGGCAGCGCCAGCGGGCUGGAGUACCUGCGCAAGCAGACGUUCGCCCUGCAGCACGGCGCCCCCCACAUCCAGGCCCGCCCCUUCGUCAGCUACGCCGCCUCGGCCCCCCAGAGCGCCGCGUCGCCGCCGAUCAGGGUGAAGCAGGAGUCCGACGAGGGCCUGUCCCCGGCGGGGCCUCACUCGGCGACCUCUCCCAACGGACAGGCCGAGUGGGGCUUCGACGAUCACUUCAGACAGAAUGGAACUGCCGGCUGGGCAGAUGAUGCUGACAGUAGCAGAGGAAGAGGAGAAGCCUCCAGAGACUUUGCCAAGUUGUAUGAGCUGGAUAAUGACCCCAAAAGGAAAGAGUUUUUGGAUGAUCUCUUCACCUUCAUGCAGAAGAGAGGAACCCCAGUCAAUCGCAUCCCCAUCAUGGCCAAGCAGGUCCUGGAUCUAUACAUGCUGUACAAGCUGGUGACGGAGAAGGGCGGCCUGGUGGAAGUUAUCAACAAAAAGAUCUGGAGAGAAAUCACGAAGGGACUGAACCUGCCUACCUCUAUCACCAGUGCUGCUUUCACUCUGCGCACACAGUACAUGAAAUACCUUUACCCGUAUGAGUGCGAGAGGAAAGGCCUGAGCUCCCCCGGUGAGCUUCAGGCUGCCAUUGACAGCAACCGGCGCGAGGGUCGUCGUCCCAGCUACAGCAGCAGCCUCUUCAGAUUCUCCCCCUCACCCAGCACGGCUCCCCACAUCCUCUCGCCUCCCAAGAGGCCCUUUUCAGCUCUGGGGGCCGGGGCCUCGGCUUCUCUCAACGGCCUACAGGCCUCGCCCGGACCCUCUCUGAAGAAAGAUGACCUCACCCCACCCAUCAUGGCAGCAAGACCUUCCAUGGCGCUGACCCUAGGUCAGCAGCAGGUUGCUGGUUUGGCCAGAGCUGCGACGCUGGAACAGUUGAGGGAAAAGCUGGAAACGAGCGGCGGAGGAGAGGGACCUGAAAGAAAGAUCGCACGCUUGGCAGAAGAGCAGCAGCGCCUGAUGCAGCAGGCCUUCCAGCACAACCUGCUGGCUAUGGCUUCCCAGAUGCCCAUGAACCUGCGCAUAGGAGCGCCCCCUAUCACCACCAGAGAUGAGAAGCAGCAGGACAUGUCUCUGAGCAUCUCAACCAAUGGAAAUGCCAGCAUCACCGUCUCAGUCGAGGUCAAUGGCACAGUUUACUCAGGAACCUUGUUCGCCCAGAAGUCUGCUGCUUCAGCUGCUGCUGCGUCGGCCUCCCCCGCCGGAACCAGUUCUAGCUAUGGCUUCUCUGCACCACAAGCCCAGACCCUCAGCCCCGCGUCCUCCUCCUCCUCCUCCACCUCUUCCAAGGGUCCCAGCUCAGCUGAGCCGGCUCCCAACGGGUCGCCCUAACUCCGGCCCUUUGUACCAGGCCUCUCUUUCAGGGAGGCCCCAGCAUGAAUAUACAGUACAAUGAGAAACCAAUAAGAAUAACGAACUGUUGCACAACAAAUACCUCAUCAACCCUGUCGACCUCUUGGCUGUCUAAUCACGAACGCAGAGUCUGAGAAUAUUACCUGACAACUCGUGCCCAAACGCACAGCUAUGCAUUUUUUUUUUCAGAACUUAACACACAGACACACUGCAAACGCACACAAUCAUACAUUCAAAUACACACACAUAUACACUUGUUAAUCAUAGUGUACAUGCUAACACAAUCAGCUCAGCCAAAACCCACUGACAGGUGUAGUCACAACUGAACUUGAAAAGUUUUAUCUUUAGGAUAUUUUGUUUGUUUGUUGCCAUUUUGUUGGGUUUUUGAUUUUCUUUUUCUCUCUCUCUCUCUCUCUUUUUACAUACCUCAAAUCAAGUAACCUGCAGUGAUGUCUUUACCUCAGGAGCUGUAGUAUAUUUAACCUGAAUCAACUUUAUUUUUGUAUUCUUUUUGACAAUUCUGUUUGCAAUCAGGGGAUGUCGGGUAACUUUGUGUACAGAGCACCAGCCUGACAGUGACGCUCAGGUUUCUUUUUCUAACACGCUGUAGCCUCUCGCUGGACUAAUACUGGUGAAUGAUCAGAUGCUGUAGAUCAGCACAUUAAAUACCUCUUUUUCAUAACUCUGGCCUUAGUUUAGAUCAAAGGAAGUUCAUUUAAAUAGCUUGAAACUUCACACUUUAAACUGAAUCUCUUGCAGAAGCUGUCUUUAAAACUAUUGGCGCGCACCGUUGGGGGGGAGCAUCUGCUCCUGCUCGCGUGCAGGAGACCCUGAGCUCAUCUGUCCUCCUCGCUCCUGUCCGUGUGUGAGUGGCAGUGCUCAGCCUUCCUCUGUCUGUCUCUGGCUUCGCUCGCGCUUCUUUGAGCUGCAGCCGCCGCGGACCUGAAUUUCACGCUGACGGCGUCCUUGUCGGCCCGUACCUCUCUCAGCCCCACGCCUGCCCCUCUGCUCUGGAGGGCGACUCUCUCAGGAAGCAGUGUGACGACUGCAAGAAGUCACCGUUAGUUUAAACAAAGGACUGUACGUGAAGAAUGCACAAGUCUACAUGACUGUCUCAAGAAUACCUCAUCGGACUCUCUGGAAAAGGAGAGCUACACUACAUACCUCAUAAGGCUGCAGAGCCAUCAAGACUUGACGCCCCCUUGAAGCCGUGAUGGGAACCCUCCUGAAACGCGACUGAUACACUGCUGGUGGUUUUCAGGGAAACGCAGAUGUGCGAUGGGCUUGCUGUCUCUCUCUUCCAAGAACUAGUUUUAUGCUUGCUUCUAUUUUCUUUCUUUUUGGCUUUCUAAAGUUCUUAUCUGAGAAUAAUAUAUCCGAUUUUUAUCAGGGAAGAGGAAACGUUUCUUGCUGACGCGUGUAGAUUUAUAGGCUUGUUAACAGGUUUCAGGGGCCAGGAAAUAUUAAAAAAGACCACAUUUAACCUCCUUUUUGGCUGUGGAACCCCUAAAUCACAGCUGACGUCUUUAUCCACCACAGUGGCAAAAUGAUAUGCAUGUGUACAAUCAUGUGACCAGGGGCUUUCUACCCCUAAACCUCUGGUUAUUGCACAGCUAGACACCAAAGACUGCCCCGGGCUCUCCUCUUGUACAAUCCUGUUCACACCCGUUCUAGUGCACGCUUUGGUAGUUCGUCGGUUUGUUUGUUUUUUUUUUUUUUUUUUUUUUUAAUUGCAAAAACGUUGCAUCUUAUCUCACUUAUUCUGAUUUUUGAGUUUUCCCCCUAAAUUAAGUAAAAUGUUUUUAAGCUGAUUUGAGGUGUAGUCCCUGCUUUUGAAGUUCACGGCAUGGUUUGCUUAUUGAAAAAUUACAUUACAAAUUACAAUACAUACAUUUUGAAACAAAUCUCAAGCAACACAUGUUUUUUAGAAUAUAAGCAGACACAGAUAAGUAGAUAAGUAGCUGACGCUUUCUUCGGCCGUGACUCCGAUUCAGUCUUUUAACCCUCACUGUGUUUUUUAAGCCCUACUGGGACAUUGUACUUAUCAGCCAGUCUGAACUGGCUCACAAAUCUCCUAACGAAUGCGCGGAACAGUGUACACGUACGGUUGUAUGGUAUUAUUCUGCUUUUAAAUAUUUCGCAGUGUGAACUAUCAUAAAGGAUGAAUAUGAGGUGUAUCUGUGCUGAAUGUUGGUCAUUUGAACCGUUAGAAUCCUCUAAGCCCAGUGCGAUCUGAAGUGGGCGGCCUCCUCGCUUUUACAGGACUGUAUUACAGCCAUUACGUGUCAGACUUUGCCAGUAGAGAUCACAGGUUGCUGCUCUCAGCCCCUCACAACCCUUUAUGACACAACUGUACUUUAUGAAGGUGAGAACUGUAGAUGCUGCCUUAAAGUAGUUGCUGGUGAGAUCCUGUCAGUGGAGGCUUCCUGCUCAGCUGACUGGGAAAAUUAUUAUUUGAGCUUAAUCUAUUGGAGAGCAAUCAGUUUUUUUGGGGGGGGUAGUUUAAUCAGAUGUUAGACAUGAGUUGUCAACAGAAAGUUUUGCUAUUUAUUUGUGUUGAUUUUCCUAGUGGGCCUUGUUUUAGUGACAGUUGAUGAUAACUUUAGGCUGUGCUACUAAAACCCUUUCUCAUGUUUCAUCUGUUCGGCCUUGGCAGCUCGCUCCAUUGCCUGUGUGUGUGUGUGUGUGUGUGUGUGUGUGUGUGUGUGUGUGUGUGUGUGUGUGUGUGUGUGUGUGUGUGUGUGUGUGUGUGUGUGUGUGUGUGUGUGUGUGUGUGUGUACACCGUUGUAAUAACAUUGGGGAUGCUGCAGGUGGCGCCGCUGCAGUGUCACAUUCAUCAACCUGUACAUGUACACUGUGGGAGGAGUCCUCCACAGCAUGAGCUUCCGUGAUAAUAGGAAUUGCUGAGUGUUGUGUCUGUGUCCUGUCACUCCACUAACCUCCAGGCUACACCUGUGUCUGACAUGCAGUGUGAAAGGCCAUAUAUCAUGUGGCGUGUGUGUGUAUCACAGAACCCUUCUUCAUCCCGUCUCAUCAUACUACAAUACCUCAGGGCAGUGAGCGUAAUGCUGAAUCAUCGAGAGACCGUGCCGUCACUUUGCUGCUUGCUACUUUGACUUGGUGUUGCGUUGUUGGAUUUUAUUUUAUUUUUUUUUAUUGUCAGUAGCCGCAAAUAAGGUUUUCUCACUCAGGAAGCUGUGAAGCUGGAAGUCUGUAGAACCUUUUGUCUCUCAGAUGAUCUUGGACUUAAUUCAGUUUGAAAUAAAAAAAAAACUAACCUGUACUAUGUAAAUACAGGCGCAUAUGCAAGUGGCUAUUGAAUACCUCAUUUAUCAAUUUUAUGUUUUGUUUUUUUUGUUUUUUUUUUUCUGGCCUGUACAACGCUCCGUAUAUUAAUUCUGUGGGGUUUGUGCAUAUUUUUGUACUGUUGUUGUCGUUUGUUAUUAUUAUAGACAUGAUAAUAAUGAUAUUACUGAUAAUAUAAGUUUUUCUUUGAUAAACUAAAAAUGGGACAAAACACAUGAAUGCUUGUUAAAACUGGUUUGUGCUGAUUGUAUUUAAGUGGAGCACUUUUCCAAAGUGGUUUUCACACAUUCAGUUUUGUUCAUAUUAGUAAUAUAAAGACAUGGUUCUCAGGGCUUUAAACUUGUAUGUCACGAUAAAGUUUUACUUUAUAUCUUA